CCAUCGAGCUACUAUCAGCAACCUCCUCCCCCACCAACCCCCCAGCACGUUUACUAUGCCGAUCCCAACUAUUUCCGUCGGGAUUAUGUAGCACGUCUCGCUGACCUGACCGUCAACUCUAGGCCAAUCAUUCAGACCUUGUCAAUGAUCGCACAGGAAUAUUCUCGCUACGCCGAUAUCGUCGUCAGCUGCAUCGAGCAGCACAUCCGACGGGUGCCGCCAUGGAUGAAGUUGCCCGCCUUCUACCUCCUUGAUGCCAUUUCGAAGAAUGUGUACGAGCCCUAUGCUCGCCAUUUCAACUCCGUCGUCGUCAAGCUGUUCCUCGACACGUAUGAGCAGGUCGACCAAAGCACUCGCGGCAAGAUGGAAGAGAUGCUCUUAACUUGGCGAACUGGCGCUCCUAAUGGGCGAGAGCUGUUCGGCCCUAUCGCUCAAGUGGCCAUCGAACGACAAAUCUGGGGCGGGGAAGAUAGCCCUGUCUCUGCGGCUCAAGUCCUCAGCGAACUCGAGUUCGUGCUGAGUGCAAAGCAACGCUCCUUGCAGACGAAUCCGUACGAUAAACAGACGCAGAACCACGUUUCAGUUUUAUACCAGCUCCGGAAGCUUGUGCAAACCGGUGUCUCGCAAGAAGAGCUAGCACAGAUUCUCACCCAGCUGCGUACGAUGUCUCCUGCACAACCAUCUGUACACCAGCAUGUAGCACCGACGCCCCAUGUACCACAAGUACCAUAUCAAGUACCAGCACCUGCUACUCAGCCCCCCGUUCAGCCCGCCUAUCCACCUGUGCAGCCAUCAUAUCUGCCUCAGCCAUCAUACUCUGCUGUGUAUCCUCCUGUCAAGACUGAGGCAGCUCCUGCACCGGUCCCACCAACUCAGCCAGUGGCAUCUACGUCGUCGGCUGCCGGUUCCUCUACUGCAUCUGUUGUCCCUUCCAACAUCUCCUCAAUAUUGAGCUCGCUACUCAAGUCGGGGGUUCUGUCGUCGUCGGGCACACCUGUCGGCGCCGGUUCCAGCACAGAAGCGCGGGAGAGUACGCCAUCCACUGAUGCCAAGGACACUACACAGGAAUAUCGGAAUGCUAUCUUAUCUGUCAAUAUCCGGCUGACGAGCACCGACAUCAUCAACAGACAGCGCCCACCGAUCACCAAGUUCCUGUACGAAAGUUUGCCCAGUCAAUGUAAGCAAUGUGGUAUUCGAUUCCCUGGUGAUGCUACCGGCAAGAAGAAGAUGCAAGAUCACUUGGACAUGCACUUCAACCAAAACCGCAAGGCGAGUCAGGCGGUUGGCCGUGGGUAUAGCCGCGGUUGGUUUGUCAAUAUUGACGACUGGUUGCAUGACGGAGCGGUAGAUACCAAAGGCAAAGGUCGUGCUGAUGGCUCUCGCGUGAAUGGAAAGACACUUGCGGCUGAGGAGGCUGCCAAGCGUGACGCUGAGUUGCGAGCGAUGUUCGUUGUCGUUCCGCCUGGUGACGAGGCCAAGUCCAUAUCAUGUCCGAUCUGUAAGGAGACUCUGAAGUCUGAGUUUAUGGAGGACGACGAGGAGUGGGUGUGGCGCAAUGCGGUUAAGAAAGAUGAUAGGAUAUAUCACGCUACCUGCCACGCCGAAGCCAUGUCAUCAAAAACAACUUUAGCCUCGCGUUUGCGAUCUGAGAUCUCUGGCAGCCGCAGCAGGUCGCGGACACCUGAAAGCGCACGGACAGCACAUGAGGACGGAAAGUCACGACUGUCGCGAUCACCGCCGGGGUCGCCGACCAAAGCCAUGGUGGGUACGAAGCGGAAAGCUGAAGACGAUGAGGUGAUAGCGAAGGACCAAGAGCGAACGAGCUUGACACCACCAUCGAAGAAGCUAGCGAUAUCCUCAUGA